GUCUAUCCGGAGUCGGAUCUCCUUCGACGCCGGCGGGAACUGGCUACCUCUGCGUCCUCCCGGCAAGGAUUCUUCGGGAGGCAACAUCUCCUGUCAGCCAGGGCUCUGCGCCCUUCAUCUCCAUGAUGCGACCUUCCAAGACAAGUUCGUCCCCUUCUAUUCCUACGACAAGGCAGUUGGAAUCAUCAUGGGCGUCGGGAAUGUUGGGCCGCAGCUCAGCUUCGAGCCCCAGGAUGCCAACACUUACCUGUCGAGGGAUGGCGGGUACCUCUGGCAGGAGGUGAAGAAGGGAGUGCACAUCUAUGAAUUCGGGAAUCAUGGGGCUGUGCUGGUCAUGGCUGACAUCCUUGCCGCGACGGACGAAAUCAUCUACUCUCUGGACGAGGGCAACUCCUGGAAAACAGUCCAUCUGAGCAGCAAGAUGAACGUGACCAAUAUCCUCAUCGAGCCACGCGCGAUCUCCACGAAAUUCCUUGCCUAUGGGACCGUGGGAGGUGCUGGUGUCGUGCAAUUUCUCGACUUCGACGCGAUGGGAUGGUUGCCAUGCAAGAAGCCCGAAGAGCCUGGCGGCCAGUCGGACUACGAAGUGUGGUCGCCUGAGUUUGGCGGUCUCUGCCUCCUGGGAACGAAGAGAACGUACGUGCGACGCAAGCCCCUCUCGGAGUGCUUCAAUCGCCGGGAAGUGAAGCUGCCGAUGAUCUCGGUGCCCUGCCCCUGCACUCGAGAUGAUUUCGAGUGCAACGUGGGUUUCCAAGUGGCCCUGGACUCCCGAAACUGCGUGAAAUCCUCGAUGCCGCUGGUGGGCUCCGUGGGCCCAGCAGAAGAGACGGAAGCAGCAGAGUGCAGGUUCAGAGACACUUAUUCCGUGGAGAUGUAUCGACGGAUACCUGGCAAUGGCUGUGUUGGCGGCUUCGUUCCGCCAAGGUACGAGGCGAAGUGUCCGCAGGGGAGCAACGAGGCAGCCGGUGCCGGUGCCGGCUGGUCCUUGACGAGGCUGGUGCUCCUUGUCCUGGCUGUGGCCGUCCUGGUCUACGUGGCGAGGUCCGAGCGAUUCCAAGAUUGUUGGGAGACCUUGGCAAGCAGAGCCCGGAAUGUGGAUUUCAAGCCAGUCGGCACCACGGAGCUUCCCGGCAUUCCUCGCUACCGUGCUCCUUCAAUCGCUCGAUUCUGA